GUCUUGCUUGACGCAGCCGCACAUCCGCACUCGCUGGACACCAAUGGACUGUGGGAAGAGCCCUUCGGCGGACACACGGACCAGAAACCCCGAGGCCCUGCAUCCUUGGGCAUGGAUGUCAGCUUCCUCGGUGACGUCCCCAGCCUUUUCGGCCUGCCGGAGCAUGCCACCAAGGCAAGUCUUCCCUUCUACGAGGAGCCGUACCGGUUCUUCAACUUGGAUGUCUUCGAGUACGAAAUCGACGAGCCCAUGGCCCUUUAUGGCGCCAUCCCCCUGAUCUGGGCCAUCCACCGAUUGGAAGGUCUCCCAGCCAUGGCUUCCGGCUUCCUGUGGAUCAACCCGUCAGAGACCUUCGUCAAGCUGGAGAGAGACACCAAGGAGACCAAGGGCGGAGCUGCCCACGCUUGGUGGACCUCCGAAAGCGGCGUGCUAGACGUCGUGGUUCUUGUAGGGCCCACGCCGAAACGCGUCUCCGGGCAGUUCCACGAUCUCACGGGCCACGCCCCGAUGCCUGGAAUGUGGGCCUUGGGAAAGCAUCAGUGCCGCUGGAACUACAUGAGCGAGAAGGAUGUGGCCACUGUUGACAGCAUGUACGACAAGUACGACAUCCCGUACGACACGAUUUGGCUCGACAUCGAGCAUACCGAUGGCAAGGCCUACUUCUCGUGGAACGCGGCCGCGUUCCCAAAUCCCAAGCAGAUGAUUGACAACAUCUCGGCGAAGCGACGGAAGUUUGUGAAUGUGGUGGACCCGCACAUCAAGAAGGAGGAGAAGUUCCACGUCUAUCGGGAGGUCCGCGACAAAGGCCUCUUUGUCAAGAAAGUCACCUACAAGCAGAUGGACGAUCCCACCGACGUCAAGCCCGGUGACUGGAUCGAGGAGGCUAAGAUUGCCGAUCCUAGUGCUUCUCAGCCACCUGAGUGGAAUGCGGAGGAGGACGGAGCUUGGGUGGCUCCGCAGAUAGACAAUCCGGCCUACAAGGGAGA